AUGUACCAGUUUUUCAUGGUAGAUUGUGGGUGUCAUGGAGUGUAUAAUGCAUCAUCAGAAAAAGCUUUUCACUUUCUAGGAUUUGGUGAUCAAGGAAAGCUUCAGAUUUUCUUCUUUCCAGUCUUCCUGUCUAUGUAUCUAAUCACUGUUUCAGGGAACCUGGGAAUCAUGCUGCUUAUAGUGGCAGAUACUCAUCUGCACACACCGAUGUAUAUUUUCCUUUGUAACCUGGCAUUUAUUGACCUUUGGUAUUCUUCAGGCAUCACACCUAAAAUGUUGGCUGAUUUAGUUACAGUGGAGAAAAGAAUAUCGUAUAUUGGGUGUGCAUGCCAAAUGUAUUUCUUUAAUGCCCUUGGGAGUAGUGAAAGUUUUUCACUUGCAGUCAUGGCCUUUGAUCGCUAUGUAGCCAUAUGUAAUCCUCUCCUUUACCUGAAGAUCAUGACCAGGAUGAAGUGUGUUCAGUUGAUAAGUGGAUCCUAUGUGGGCGGCUUUCUUCACUCUUUAAUACAGACGUGUUCUACUUUUCGUCUUUCAUUCUGCGGUUCUCAUUACAUUCACCAUUUCUUUUGUGAUAUUCCACCUCUGCUGGAGCUGUCCUGUUCUGACACCAUUAUAAAUGAAUUCAUUCUGUUUAUUUUUGCAUCUUCUGUCACUUUAUCUUCCAUUAUUGUCAUUGUCACUUCUUAUAUUGCCAUUUUACAAGCUGUAUUUAGAGGUAACUCUUCCAAAGGGAGACAUAAAGCCUUUUCCACUUGUGCCUCUCACUUCACCUGUGUAAUUCUAUUCUACAGCACAGUUAUCUUCAUGUAUAUGAGGCCAAGUUCUAAAUAUUCCUUAGAACAAGACAAAAUUGUUUCUAUAGUUUAUACAUUGGUUAUUCCUAUGCUAAACCCUCUUAUAUACAGCUUGCGGAAUCGAGAAAUAAAGCUAGCACUGAAGAGGAUAAUUGAAAGAGUCACAGUCCAAGGGCUGGUUGAUCACUCCAAAGGUCUAAAUCACCUCAAAGACCUGGACCCUCUAGAGGCUUUACUAGGCUUCACGGUGGUGGAACAUCUAGGAGGUGGUGGAGAUCCAAGGAAUCCCAAGCCAAAUAAAAAGCUUGAAUUUUGA